GGGAGGGAGAGUGAAAGUGGAGAGGCAGGCAGACGUGUUGCAACAGAUGGCUUUUCCAGCGGCGGCUCGGAGGCGGCUGCACCGAGGAACUGUGGGACGCCGUUAGUUAGACACGGAGCAGAGGCAGAGAUAAAGAGAGGGAGGGGGGGCUGUUAGGAAGUCACUGCGCUGGAACAGAGACAGGAGAGAACACAAGAGACUUCGUCAUCUUCAUUUUCCUCGGCUACAAACUCUCCGCGCUUCCUCUCCACACGGACACGAAGACUCGUCGGUUUGAGCGCAAGUUAGUUUGGCAGCGACAGCGAAAAGAAGGGAGCAACAGUUUCAUGGAGGAGAUGAGUGUGUGAUCGGAGCCUUCCUCCUUCCUCUUCCUCCUCCUCCUCCGUCUUCCUGCUCGGGGUCAGAGAGGAGGACACCUGUUGACAGCGAGGACGUCCCGAGGGAGGAGACGCAGCAGCAGCAGGACUGAACUCAGCGGGAGACUCCACACACUCUGCAGGUGCCUGCUGAGCCGAACACACUGUGUCACACGCUGCACAAGACAUUGAGCCUCGACGGCGGGAAGCAGCUGAUUGGUCGAUCUCUCGGGGAGGUCAGGGGUCGAUGGCCAUGGCGGGCCGACUCCUCCUCUUCCUGUUGGUCUCUGUGACGCUCGGCCACGCCCACUUCCCGUUUGGCCAGCGUCUGAAGCCCCGCCUCCAGAGAGACCGCCGAAACAUCAGGCCCAACAUCAUCCUCAUCCUGACCGACGACCAGGACCAGGAGCUGGGUUCAAUGCAGGCGAUGAAUAAGACUCGCCGCAUCAUGGAGGAGGGCGGGACUUCCUUCUCCAACGCCUUUGUGACCACGCCCAUGUGCUGUCCGUCACGUUCGAGCAUGCUCACUGGGAAGUACGUGCACAACCACAACACCUACACCAACAACGAGAACUGCUCGUCCAUGUCGUGGCAGCGGCAGCACGAGCCGCGCACCUUCGGAGUUUACCUCAACAACACGGGAUACAGGACAGCCUUCUUCGGGAAGUAUCUGAAUGAGUACAACGGCUCGUACGUCCCGGCCGGUUGGAGGGAGUGGCUCGGUCUGGUGAAGAACAGCCGCUUCUACAACUACACACUGAGCCGCAACGGAGUCCGAGAGAAACACGGGGCGCUGUACCCACAGGACUACCUGACCGACCUGAUCACGGCCGAGUCCAUCCGUUACUUCCGCUCUUCGAAGCGAGUUUAUCCCCACCGCCCGGUCAUGAUGGUCCUCAGCCACGCGGCUCCGCACGGACCAGAAGACUCGGCGCCGCAGUACAGCACCGCCUUCCCCAACGCAUCCCAGCAUAUUACUCCCAGUUAUAACUACGCUCCGAACCAGGAUAAGCACUGGAUCAUGCGUUACACCGGCCCCAUGAAGCCCAUUCACAUGGAGUUCACCAACAUGCUGCAGAGGAAACGCCUGCAGACGCUUCUGUCUGUGGACGACAGCAUGGAGAAGCUGUAUAACAUGCUGGUGGAGACCGGUGAGUUGGAGAACACCUACAUCAUCUACACGUCUGAUCACGGCUACCACAUCGGACAGUUCGGCCUCGUCAAAGGUAAAUCCAUGCCGUACGAGUUUGACAUCAGAGUCCCGUUCUUCAUCAGAGGACCCAACGUGGAGCAAGGCAGCAUUAACCCCCACAUGGUCCUGAACAUCGAUCUGGCUCCGACCAUCCUGGACAUCGCCGGCCUCGACACUCCUGCAGACAUGGACGGGAAGUCCAUUCUGCCUCUGCUGGAAACCGAAAAACCUGCCAACAGGUUUCAAGCGAACAAGAAGCCGAAGGUUUGGAGAGACUCGUUUCUGGUGGAGAGAGGGAAACUGCUGCACCAGCUGGUCCAGGGGAAGGAAGUGUCGCAGGAGGAGAACUUCCUGCCCAAACACCAACGAGUCAAAGAUCUCUGUCAGAGAGCCGAGUACCAGACGCCCUGCCAGCAGACCGGACAGAAGUGGCAGUGUGUGGAGGACGCCACAGGAAAACUUCGACUCUUCAAGUGCAAGAGUGAAGGGGGCGGGGUUAAGAUCUCCCAGAGGGGCGUGGCCGGCCGCCAGCGUCCACUCAGCAUCAAGUCUCAGCUGUACCAUCGCGGCUCCAACCCCUGCAACUGCGACUUCGGCGACCUGCAACCUCUGAAGCCACGACUCUCCCCGAUGAGGCCGUUCAACAAGAAACCGUUCUUCUCCAAAAAGAAGUUCAAAGCGCUGAAGAGUUACUCCAGGAACCGCUACAGCCGCUCCGUAUCCAUGAACAACAGUUACCCCGGUAACCACAGCAUCAGCAUGAUGGCAGGCGGGGCCAACUGGGCUCAGCCAAUCAAAGACGAGUCUGAGGACGAGUUCAGCGGGAUGGGAGGAGUUCCCAACGCGAUGGCGCUGCCAGACUCCCACAAGGUCACACAGAAGUGUUUCAUUCUGCCUAACGCCACAGUGAAGUGUGAUACAGGAGUGUAUCAGUCUCUGCAGGCCUGGAAGGACCACAAGCUGCACAUCGACCACGAGAUUGAGACGCUGCAGACGAAGAUAAAGAACCUAAAAGAGGUCAGAGGUCACCUGAAGAAGGCCCGUCCUCUGCAGUGUGACUGUAAUAAAUACCUGUUUAAGUCCAAACUAAAGAACAAGCUGAGGUUCAGAGGAGGAGGAGGACACCCCUUCAGAAAGGGCGGGGCUCGGGACAAGAAGGCGUGGCUUAUAAAGGAGCAGAAGAGGAGAAAGAAAAUGAGGAAGAUGAUCAAGAGGAUCAGAAACAACGACACCUGCUCAAUGCCCGGACUCACCUGCUUCACUCACGACAACCAGCACUGGCACACUGCACCCUACUGGACACUGGGUUCAUUCUGCGCCUGCACCAGCGCCAACAACAACACCUACUGGUGUCUGAGGACGAUCAACGAGACGCACAACUUCCUGUUCUGUGAGUUCGCCACCGGCUUCCUGGAGUACUUUGACCUCAACACUGACCCGUACCAGCUGAUAAAUGCCGUCAGCUCUUUAGAUCGGAUGGUCCUUAAUCAGCUUCAUGUUCAGUUGAUGGAGCUCCGAGGCUGCAAAGGACACAAACAGUGUAACCCUCGCAUACGCUCAAUGGAUCAUGCAGGAGGGCGGGAACAUGGCAGCUUCGACGACUACAGGGUGUUUGAGAGGAGGAAGUGGCCGAAAAACAAGAAACCUUCAUCCCGAACCCUAGGUCCGAUCUGGGACGGCUGGAAGGGCUGAGCCUCCUGAUUGGCCGGAGCAGGCUCCUGGCCCCGCCCACAGCAGCCUGAAGGAGCAGGGCGUGGUCGUCAAGUCGGCAGGGCGUGGUCGUCAAGUCGGCGGCACCGGCCGACAACCACGCCCCCCCCCCCCCCACACACACACACACACACACACACACUGCUCAACCGGUCAGCCAGUCUGCUUCUGCCAUCUCUGUGACAUCGCUUGGCCCCUCCCACCCUGUUGCUCAGGGAGACGCUGGGACCAAAACACUCUUCAUCAGAGAGGAGGAGGAAGAGGAGGAAGAGGAAGAGGAGG